GUGAGAGAGCCAUCAGGAGACAAAGCCAGGGUGCUAUUCAGACAGGGAGUUUUCACUAUGAGUGGAUGCCCAUUUUUAGGGAACAACUUCGGAUAUUCUUUUAAAAAACUUUCUGUAGAAGGCAGUGAAGAAGACAAAUCACAAAAUGGUGUGAAUAAAGCCAGCAAAGGAGGACUCAUCUAUGGGGACUACCUGCAUCUGGAAAAAAUUUUGAAUGCACAAGAACUGCAAAGUGAAAUAAAAGGAAAUAAAAUCCACGAUGAGCAUCUUUUUAUUAUAACUCAUCAAGCUUAUGAACUCUGGUUUAAACAAAUCCUCUGGGAAUUAGAUUCUGUUAGAGAGAUCUUUCAGAAUGGCCAUGUCAGGGAUGAAAGGAAUAUGCUCAAAGUUGUUACCCGGAUGCACCGAGUGGCAGUGAUCCUUAAACUCUUGGUACAACAGUUUUCCGUUCUGGAAACAAUGACAGCCUUGGACUUCAAUGACUUUAGAGAGUAUUUAUCUCCAGCAUCAGGCUUCCAGAGUUUGCAGUUCCGUCUAUUAGAAAAUAAGAUAGGUGUUCUUCAGAAUAUGAGGGUCCCUUACAACAGAAGACAUUAUCGUGAUAACUUCAGAGGAGAAGAUAAUGAACUGCUGUUUAAGUCUGAGCAGGAAAAAACACUUCUACAACUAGUGGAGGCAUGGCUGGAAAGAACACCAGGUUUAGAACCACAUGGAUUUAACUUCUGGGGAAAAUUUGAAAAAAAUAUUAUGGAAGGACUGGAAGAAGAAUUCAUAAAGAUUCAGGCUAGGGAAGAAUCAGAGGAAAAAGAGGAAAAAAUGGCUGAAUUUCAGAAACAAAAAGAGCUGUUACUAUCUCUGUUUGAUGAGAAACGUCAUGAACAUCUCCUCAGUACAGGUGAAAGACGGAUGUCAUACCGAGCACUUCAGGGGGCAUUGAUGAUAUAUUUUUACAGGGAAGAGCCUAGAUUCCAGGUCCCUUUUCAGUUGCUGACUUCUCUUAUGGAUAUAGACACACUUAUGACCAAAUGGAGAUAUAACCACGUGUGCAUGGUGCACAGAAUGCUGGGCAGCAAGGCUGGCACUGGUGGUUCCUCAGGCUAUCAGUACCUACGCUCAACAGUGAGUGACAGGUACAAAGUAUUUGUAGAUCUAUUUAACCUUUCAACAUACCUGGUUCCGAGACACUGGAUACCAAAGAUGAACCCAAUCAUUCAUAAAUUCCUCUACACAGCUGAAUAUUGUGACAGCUCUUACUUCAGUAGUGAUGAAUCUGAUUAAAAUCAUCUGCAAAACCUAUGGAGCACUUUUAUUUCUCACUACACAUAUAUUUUUAUUUUCUAUGAAUUUUAGCCUUUAUAUAUGUAUGUACACAAUUAAGCACCAUGGUAUUCUGAUUCAGUUCCAAAAAUCAUUUUCUUAUCUCUUUUGUGACAAGAUUAAGUAUUAAGAUCAUAAAUAAUUCAGUUAUAUUGUAAUUUUGUACAUAGAGCAUUUUCCUAUUAAAAAUUCAGUUUUCCUUGAUACUUAACUUACAUAAGUCCCUUAAUCAUUUUCUCAUUGUUUCAAAGUUUUUAAGAUUAUAAACUU